CGCGUUUAUAAAUAAUUCCAUGAUUUAAAUAUAUUAAACAUUUAAAUAUGUCAGCACAUAUUAACAAUAUCGACACACUAUUAUCCAAGUUCCUCUUUCAUAGCUAUAUAAAUCGUUUUCUCCCAAAUUUACAUGUUUAUUUUCGCUUUUAUGCGCUCUUUGUUCAACAUCUACAAAUAACGAUACUCUGUGAGGUAUAUUCCGUGGGAGAAUGAACAACCUUAGGUCGCCAGGACAUUAAUUUGCAACAUAUUUACACUGUCAAGAUACGUCUCCGAGUAUACCGAGUAUAUCGAUGCCCAAUAAUGCAAGCUCGAUUAGGCACGUUACAUUAGGCAUCCGUUUUCUACGCUCCGUCGACAGUAAAUGCUGCCUGCUCGUGAAACUAAGGGUGCACCCUUGGUGCAUGCUUGGAAACUGAUAAAAACAUGCGUGGAAAAAAGGACAUAUAUUUAUACAGUCGGCAGACAAACGCGUAAUUGUGCGAGAACAGCAAGAAUAGCAAAAACUCGCUUAGAAAUACAGUUUUUACGGCACAGUCGUGUCGCAUCAUUCGUUACCGUCGAAUAUUUCUCGAGAAAACGACGAACAAUCCGAGAGAGAGCUUAGAAAAUUGAUUACAAAUUAGUCACCGACGCAUUUGGUUUUCUCAGAAAUAAACAUUCUUCGGUCACAAUCACAACGGAAUAUUUUCGAGACUUAAUAAGAAUUCUGCGUCAUUGUGCGACCGUGAUGCCCGUAAGCCUCGUAAUUACCGAUCUUACAAAGAAGAUUUACGUAAUGGCGAUAUCCAGCGAUUGCCUGACGAUCCACCACUGCAUAAUUGCAUCUUUGGCACGAACAACUUAAGCGCGAUCGCAACACGAACAUUUGGCGCCUGCUAUACGGAUGAAUCAUUAUUCCGUGACGCACGAAAUACGGCACAGGAAAGGAUGACACCAUUAGAAUUCUCUCUCUAAUUUAUUCAUUACACAAUUGGUCUCGCGUCGCUUUUAAUAAACAAUUAAAUCAAAUGGCAAAGGUAAACCUUUUAAACCUUUUAAACCUUUUAACGUUGAGACAAUAAGAGAAGCUCUAUGAACAAAGUGUGAUUGGGAAGAGAAUCGUUAUAGUUCGUAGCGUUGAAAGGGGCAACAAGAGUUUUAAUGAAUCUCAAUGAGGCCCUUGCGCUCUUUGUUUACAUUGGGAUUUAGCCAACCGUUGAGGGUGACAGGAUUUGAAAUUACUUUAGCACUGAUGUGCUGGCUGCAACGGACCAUAACGGGGUGCAUUUUAGAACGAACACUUUGCUCAUCGCAAUAGACGCGAGAUAAUGUCAUUCAUGGGUAUUCAUCGUACCCCUCCGUUAAGCUAUUCACAAUGAAUCAUGAUUACAGCGAAUCUUUGCUCAGCGCGAAAGUAAGUAUACUCUUCAGGAAAUAGUGAGCGUGUUGUAAUAGAUUAGUCUCGUUUCUAAUGUUAAUGUUAAUCACAUAUUUUGAAAUCGUGCACUUCUGGAAUAUAUUAGAAGAUGCACUAAUAACGAUUGAGCUCAGAAAUUUAUGUAGAUAGGUACAUGCAUCUUAUUUCCGAGAAUAUAUAAUCGAUUAAAUGUAAAAUUCUUAUUUGUCAUUUUUUCCUUUAACGAUCUUAUUUACAUAUAAUGAUCGUUCAUUUAUAUUACGAGCUUGGAUCUUGCGAUAUCGAUCUCAGGAAGUAAUUAAAAUCACUGGUCCGAAUCUUUUAAGAAAAGUACAUAUUUGCUUCUUUGAGUCCAUCUUUGUUACGCUUUACGAGUUGGAGGUCAUUGCAAUUUUCUACAAUAAUGAUUGUCAUUACUAUAUACAUCCGCUAUGACUAUUUAUCCCUUCUUUAAAACAACAUGCAUGAUACAAGUAUUUUAUGAAAAAUCAGUGUCCCCAGUGUAUUCGCAAACGAACAAUGAAAAUGCAAACGAGAAUAAUUCUCAUCGGUUGUUUUGUGAUCAUGAUUUUUAAUAAUUUUGGCACGAGUGUCAAAGUUUCGUCAAAAGUCGAUUUGGAUUCCAAUGAAAAUGAAGAAACAUUAGACAAUCCAACCUUCACGAUCUUAAAUUUAAAAAAAUCUGCUAAUUCACCAGAAUCAAUUUUGCGUGCAUCUAACCCAUCGACAUUAAUCUGGCAUCAGGGAAACGAGUUCGUAAAGGAAUCGAGAAAAAGAAAGAUCUAUACAUUGCACGAAAAUUCAGCAAAACAACCAAAAAUAAUCAAUAAUAUUCAAGUCAUUGUGAAUAGCAACGAUAGUAUACCAAAUGAAAAUUCUUGCAAAUACAAUAUUUGUAACGUAUCCAUUUCCUCAAAAUCAGACGAAAGAGGAAAUAUCAUCACCGAAGUGUAUUUCAGCAUUAUCACGAAAGCAAAACCGAAUGUUAAAAUUGAUGAUGUUCCAGUAAUCAAUGGUUUUCGAGGUAUCAAUGAGAAUUAUGACAAGCAACCAAUUUUUCAUUCAAUAAAUUCACCACGUUCAAUAGACGCGCAUUUAUAUUUUAAUAACAUUCCACAGGUUCAAUCUAAUUAUCAUGGAUAUGGUGAGCCUUGGCAUGGACGAACUUUUCGACAGCCUCAUCAAAUGAAUUGGAAUUAUCAUGGAAAUCAUGGUAACGUGAGAUUUCGAAGUCAUAACACAUGGGUACGAGAUAGACCCAUAGUGGAUGAUAAAAUUGAACCGCCACUUAGCAAGACCAAACUCAGCGACGACACAUAUUAAUUAUAAAAUAAUUUAUUAAAUUGUGUGUAAAACUUUAA